UUUCCUUUACCGCCAUGUCUUCGCAGUCCGGGAACCCCAUCUCCCCCCCUCUCGACGCUGCAGGUGCAUCCGCAGGCGGUGUUCGCAGGCAUCACACUAUCUCGGCCUCAUCGCGCGCCGCACGUCCCACCUCCAAAAUCGCGCUCGACAACCUCGACGAUCCACAGGCAGAGCAGUUGUGGAACGAUGACGAGCUCGUGGACCAAGACUGGGUCGGUGGCAUCGGCGCUGUCGGCGAGAAGUCCUCGCUUCACAGGCAGGCCUCAUUGCCGACUAGAUACCAUCGUGCUUUCGGUGGCCAGGCAGGACGCCAGCCCGGCGCUCAUACUCCGCGUACCUUGAACAGUCUUUCCGCCAUCGCUGGCCAUGAGGGCGAUGAGGAGGAAUGGGAACGCGAGAUGCGCGGGUUCCGGAACGAGGAUGAGCACCCUGGGAUGUCUGUGUCCGACCAUGGGCAUGGCAUGGCUGACUCCUCUGCCUCUGCCUCGCCGCUCUCUCCGCAUUUCGGCGGCGGCUUGCCUAACGUCCCGUCGCCUCCCCCUGGUGCUACCGGAGCAGGGGGUGUGCGUAGGCACCAGAGUCUCAACUACCCUACCGCAACUGCUUCGGUAAGACGCUUGGCCUCUGGCCUCAAACGUGCGGGAACCCUCCAGGUGGGGGCCAAAGGUGCACAGGGGGUACCCUAUUCCGGCGCGCAGAGUCCCAGCCCUACCAACGCUGAUGAAUACGACGACGACGAGAGCGCCCAAGCCCCCGAGGAAUCUUAUUUUGCAGCCUCCGGACAGACUGGCGGUCAGUAUCCUGGUAGUCCCAUUGGCCGUUCCUCGCCCUGGAGCACUCCCGGGGGCGAAUGGCGCCCUCAGAUGGGUGCUGGCAACGCUGGCGCCUACGGGGGGCAUAACGGAGGCAACAACCCUGCUAUUGACGACGUCUCCCGCGCCCUUUCGCAGCUCGAGAUCAACCAACAGUAUGGCAAUGUGUCUCAAGGCCAAUCCGCUCAUCCACCCCGCUUCAACCCCUCUCACCCUCCUCCCGCUCAAGCGCCUGGCCUGCAGCGCGGUAAUGGUGGCGUUACUUCGCGCAAGUUGCAGCUUGUUACAGACUUGGACGGUCGCAACAAUCAGGGCUCGGUCCAGAGCGCCUCCGCUUACGUUCCUCCCAUCGGUCAUGGACUUUCGCAGCCAGGACAGCCCGGUCAGGGAUUGAACCGCGACGACCAACAGCAGCAGCAACAGCAGCAGCAGCCGCCCCACCACCGCGACCGUGCGUUCACUGCUUCCGGAGGUACACCGUGGGACAACAAGGAGCGCCUUCUGGUAGGCCGUGCUUCGAACCCUAGCCUGCAGCAAUUGUACCAGCAAGGCAAGCUUGCUGCGGAAGGUAACGGCCAGAUUCCCAACGUACCGUCAAUUCCGUCGCAAUACCUGAACCAAGGUCAAGCACCGCGCAUGGGUGCCCCUACGUCCGCCAACAACGUCGGUGGGCAGGGAGGCCAGAAUCAGGGGCAGAGCGGACCGAAUGGAAACGUAGACAACUUUAUCACGUCUCCCAUGGACGUGCCAACGCUGAUCGCGGCGAAGGGAUACAACCCGGUCGAGUUCGACACGCGACCCGCCUUCGCGCGGUUCUUCGUGAUCAAGUCCUACACCGAGGACGACGUGCACAAGUCUCUCAAGUAUGAAAUUUGGAGCUCGACAGACCCCGGGAACAAGCGUCUCGACAAGGCUUUCAAAGAGACUGCCGGACGGGGACCUAUCUACCUCUUUUUCAGCGUUAACGCAAGCGGCCACUUUUGCGGCAUGGCUGAGAUGUUGACCCCCGUUGACUAUACUCGCAGCUCGACUGUAUGGGCUUCGGACAAGUGGAAGGGUGUCUUCAAGGUCCGGUGGAUCUUCGUUCGCGACAUACCCAAUGCUGGCCUUCGUCACAUCCGUCUCAACAACACGCAAGAGCGCAAGCCCGUCACCAACUCUCGUGACACGCAGGAGCUCCUUCCGGACGCGGGCCAGGAGAUGCUGCGCAUCUUCCACACCCAUCCCGCCAGGACCUCUCUGCUUCAAGACUUUGCUUUCUACGAGCUCCAAGCUAUGCAAAAGGCGCAGGCUCAAGCCCUCACCCAGGGCGCGGCCUCGCCCACCCAGGCGCCCAUGAGCAUGCAAAACACGGGCUCACAGUCGCAAGGACUAUCGCCCACCACCACCGGUCAACACCCUUUCGCCAUGUCGAACCCCGCCGCACUCGCGUACGCUGCCCAGCAGAUGGGCGGCCUGCCGCAGAUGAACAUGAACAUGGGUAUGGGCAUGGGUAUGGGUAUGAACCCGAUGCUCCAGAUGCAGAUGAACAUGGGCACGCCCUUCGCAAACCCCCACGCCAUGCAGAGCGUCAUGCGCAACCCGAGCCCGGGUCCGAUGCCCGUCGGCGGGCAGAACUUCAUGGGCCUUGGCGGCGGCAUGCAGGGCUUCUGAGCCCUGAGCACGUACCCUCUUCCGCCGCACCUACCCUCGAUUCACCCCGGCGAACCCCCUCCAUCCCUCCCUCGUCUCACCCAAACGAACGCUCAAUGACCGCCUCUUGCAUAUAGAAUCGAACCGUCGACCCUCGGACGGGCGGAAACUGGUACAUCUGUGCACUAAUAUCUCUGUAUGCCUUUCAUUGCUCUCCCUUCUCUUCCUUUCUUUGUUCUGCUUGUCUUCCGAUCUUGCAAACAUCCUCUCUGUAUUACCAUCGGGGCUUGCCUACAGCGCUCUUCCCUAUCUAUCCCCUCUUCCGUUGCAGCGUAAAGUUACCUUAAUGACCGCCACGCCCCCGUGACUCCCUUUCUCACUAGCCGCGCUGCCUACACUGUUUCCGUACGGUAUGCCUCUUGUUGCGUUAUUGUGCCCCGACCCGAGGAAUUCGUUAUCGCGCUCUUUGCAUUUCCGUGCUCGCAUGUUCGUUGCCGCUACCCCCCUCCUUUCCAUUUCCCUACUUCUUUCUCGUUGUUCUCAUUAGUACGUAUACGCUCCAUUGCAUCUCACAAAGAGUCGCGACCCUCCUUACUACAUGGUACUACCAACGGGACGAUGAAUCUGAACGGACGUGGACUAUCGAAUGUUCGCAUGUAUUUGUCCUGCAAUGUCCCGCACAUACGCACUGUAGUUCUUGGUUCGUUCCCAAAUCUAC